AUGUUUGACCAGCGGUUGCAAGAAGGCCCGGGGCAACAGCAGCAACAGCAGCAGCAGCAGCAACAGCAACAGCAGCAGCAGCAGCAGCAGCAGCAGCAGCAGCAGCAGCAGGGCAGCUCGGGGCCUGCUUCUCCAGGGGCCCCCUGGGGGCCCCCGGGGGGCCCCCGGGGCCUCAACAGCCUCGGAUUUAUAGGACCAAAUCCAGAAGAAGAUCCCCUACAGGGGGGCCCCCUGGGGGGCCCCCUGGGGGGGCCCCUGGGGGCCCCCCUAGAGGGGGCCCCCCAAAUUGAAGGGUCUUCUAUUGCAGCAAACCCGCUGGCGUUUGGGUUUGAGGGUUUAGAGGAGGAGGGUUUAGCGAGGGCUGCUUGGGAAGCCCUGGGAACCACCGCCAUGUCUGCUUCGGCUUUUGAGAAGUCGAUUCUGGAGGAAGUAGAGAAGAGCCUUAGCAGCAAAAGUGCAACGGAGAAGCUGCCUCAGCAGCAGCAGCAGCAGCAGCAGCAGCAGCAGCAGCAGCAGCAGGGCCAAAUCGAGGCCAGCGCCGACGCAGCAGCAGCAACCGCAGCAACUGCAGCAACCGCAGCAACUGCAGCAACCGCAGCAGCAGCAGCGGCUCCCUCUGCGUCUUCAUCAAGAGUUCAGCCGCCAGAAACUGCAGCAGCAGCAACAGCAGCAGCAGCAGCAGCAGCAGCAGCAGCAGAACUGCCUGAGCUUGACUUGCUGAGCUCGGAGGAGACGGGCGGCAGCGACAGCUCUUGGGAAGCCCCAGCAGGAAAACGAAAGCCAGCAGCAGCAGCAGCAGCAGCAGAAGCAGCAGCAGCAGAAGCAGCAGCAGCAGAAGCAGAAGCAGCAGAAGAAGCAGCAGCAGCAGAAGCAGAAGCAGCAGACACGGAUCCCGAGUCCGAAGAAGACGAGGAAGACAGCAGCGAGGAAGAGUCGGCCUUUGCUGCUGCUGCUGCUGCUGCUGCUGCUUCGCAGCAGCAGCAGCAGCAGCAGCAGCAGGUUGACUACAGCGAACUGGACGAUAGCUCCUCGCAGCAGUACUCGCGUCGCCUGCAGCAGCAAACUGGAGGCCUCUUGGGAGAUGAUAUGGGGCUCGGCAAAACAAUUCAAAUUGCUGCUUUUGUUGCAGCGCUGCACAACUCCGGCUUCCUCAGUGCACGCUGGCCCUUCCAAGACCGCCGCAGGCAGCUCCUUAGCAGCAGCAGCAGCAGCAGCAGCAGCAGCGGCAGCAGCAGCAGCAGCAGCAGCAGCAGCGAAGGCGGGGUGCUGCUGGUCUGCCCGGCUACAGUGCUGCCGCAGUGGCUCAGAGAACUCCACAAGUGGUGUCCCGCAGUUAGGGUUUGCGUUUUUCACGACAAAGGUUUAGGAUUAAGGGUUUAG